AACUCUCAUCUCUGUUGGUUAAGGAAUAGAUUACAGAAAAUCCAAUUCACAUCCAGUUUGUGAUGUCUAGACAAUUGAUAGAUAGUUUCCAAAAAAAUCUUAUUGUUCUCCAGAAGGAAAUGGUUACUUCUGCUACGUUCUGCAUUCCACAGCUGCAGGAGUAUGUUUGGAUAUGCUUGAGAUUUGUUUGUGUAAAACAAGGGCAUACCAUUUUUCCAAUAAUUUAAGCUGCAUAAUAGCAAGAGAAAUCCUUGCCUAAGCUGAUUUUGGAUAAUAAAAUUAUUAACAAUUAUUGCUUUUCCUAUGAUCUGGUGCAGUUGGGCAUCUAUCUAUUUUUAGUGAUUCCAACUCAAAAUCUCAUAGUUAUAAGGAUGAUUUUGGUAUAAUUAAACUCAAUUUACUCUUUGUUAUUUUUAAUAUAAAUAAACCAAUAAGCUUUGAAAUUUAGUGUUUGCAGCAGGUGAGAAUUAAAUUGAAAAAAGAAAAGAUAAUAUACAAAUAAAUAGAAGUUUCCGAGUGAAUAGAGUUUCCGCGAAGCAGUAAAGGGGACCACACGGUGUCAGUCAAGUUCGCAAUCGGACCUUCUUGUUCAAGGGAACAGGUAAGCUAACUGUACAAAGCCCUUGUAUUCUUCUCUUUGUUUUCUCGGUCAAGCUUCUUUGCUGGUAGUCAUCUUUGUCAUCAUGGGCUUGUGCUUUAGUUCAGCCGACAGACCUAAGGGUUUUUGUCACUAUGGGGAUAACCCAAAAACUCCUAGCAAAUCACACACCAAAGUUCCUUCGAAUCAUCAAACAAAGGGGAAGAUCUUGGACUCACCUAAUUUGAAGAACUUUUGCUUCAGUGAAUUGAAAGAAGCCACAAUGAACUUCAGCCCAAGUAAUGUGUUAGGUAAAGGUGGCUUUGGUUGUGUCUUCGAAGGUUGGAUUGAUGAGAUAUUGAACGCUGUGAUGCCUGAGACUGGCAUGACUAUUGCUGUUAAGGUGCUUGACCAAAUGGGUUGCCAGGGUCAACAAGAAUGGUUGGCUGAAAUAAAGUACCUGGGCCAGCUAUAUCAUCCAAAUCUUGUGAAACUGAUUGGCUAUUGCUUAGAGGAUGGCCACCGGCUUUUGGUGUAUGAGUUUAUGCCUAAUGGAAGCUUGGAUAAACAUCUAAUUAGAUAUGACUUCAAGAGGUUAGAGGAUUCUUAUUACAUUCAACCACUCUCUUGGAAUCUCCGUAUGAAGGUUGCCCUUGGUGCUGCUAAGGGCCUAGCAUUUCUUCAUGAUGAGGCACAAGUGAUAUAUCGAGACUUUAAGGCAUCAAAUAUUUUGCUUGAUUCAAAAUAUAAUGCCAGGCUCUCCGAUUUUGGAUUGGCAAAGGAUGGACCAACAGAUGAUAAAAGCCAUCUUACUGCAAGCAUCUUGGGUGCCAUUGGUUAUUUAGCUCCUGAGUACCUAAAUACAGGUCAUCUCACCACAAAAAGUGAUGUAUACAGUUUUGGAGUUGUUCUGCUUGAACUGGUAUCUGGCAGGCCAGCCAUAGAUGAAUAUAGGCCAUCCACAGAACAAAAUUUGGUUGAGUGGGCAAGGCCUUAUCUUAGCAGCAAACGCAAAAUUUUCCAAGUUUUUGAUCCCUGCCUUGAAGGAAAAUAUGCAUUGAGUGGAGCAUUAAAAGCAGCAAAACUUGCAGUCCAAUGCCUAUCGACAGAACUGAUUAUGAGGCCAAGCAUGAAGGAAGUAGUGAAGGAAUUAGAGCUGAUAGCCUUAGGAAAACAUUAGCGUAUUGGUUUGCAUGAGCUUGAACUGUACAAUAGAGAGUGUAUUCUUAUAUAUUUAAAUAUAAAGAAUAACCUCGAUUUUAUUUUACAAAUUGCAAGUAUUUGCACAGGUAAAACAUUAUGUGAACCUUUAAGCAGGUAGUAGGAGCCAACCCAACUGUAUCCUAUGCCGUCUUUGCCUGCUCCUCUUGUGGCCUAGGUUAAGGUCUGUUGGGCUUCCAAUAAUGGUUAUAAGCUGUAAUUGCCUUGAAUAAAGAUACACUUAUCACCGUUGUUAGUUGCU